AAAAGUUCUACAGAAGCUUCUAUUCUUUUUAUAUUAAAAAAAAAUAAAGGUCUCCGAUUAUAUAUAAAUUACAGAAAACUUAAUAAGAUUUUAGUUAGAAAUUACUAUUUUUUAUUUCUAAUUUUAAAAAUUUUAGAUAGGAUUAUAAAAGCCAAAUAUUUUUUUAAACUAAAUAUUUAA